AUGUAAAAAUCACUUACUCCUACUUCAGAGACUAAAUAUAAUUGUUCUCAAAAAAUACAUCUACUUAAACAAAAAAGAAACAAAGAUAUGUUGAAUUAAGCCAUUUAAGAACUCAAAAAUCCUUUUGAUCCUCUAUAGGUUUCAAAAGCAUUAAAAUUUCUAGAAAAUCAAAUGCAAAGAAAGGCUUUAUUAGAUUAAAUUAUUUAUAUUCGAGAAUAGAAACGCAAAAAGGAAGAGUUUGAUAAGAUGUCUUCAAUGAGAGGAAUACUUAAUAAAGUUUCAAAAAGAUUGUCAAUUGUAAAAAAUUAAGAAGUGAAAUAUGCUAGAGAUCACAACGAUUUUAAAAUUAUGUAAGAGGAAAGAAAUAAAUUUGACAAACUCUAAUAUGAAAACUUAAAUAUAUAAGUAAAUGAAAAAAGACCAUAAUUGAGAAGAUUAUCGAGUUUAAGUUUCUUAACCAAAGAGACUGAUUAGAUCAAAUUUUAAGCAGAAUUAAACAACGAUUAAAAAAGUCAGUUUGUUAGGAGAUAGACAUAAAGAAAUGCUACUCUAAUGGUGAAUGCAAUUCUUAAAAAAGAAAUACCCUUUAGCCCAAGAACAUCAGAAAAAUAGAUAGGAAACAAAACAUUCAAGAAACUGUUAUCCUAAGAUUAAGUUUAUGAGUGA